UGCAUGGGUUGGCUUGUCUCGGACGACCGCCUGCUCCCGAGCCACCUGCUGGAGUCUGAAGAUCUCGACACGUGGCCCCACGCCUCCUCACGGAUGCAAACCUAUUUAUAUUCUUCUCUUAAUACCCAGCUUUCUGGUCCGCGACCCCUCCUCCCCCUUCUGUUCUCUCUCCUCUCCCCGUACUGAUCGCCGAGCUCGAAACCCUAGGCUCCCCCAAAGCCCUCAAUCCCCCAUGCUCUUGUCCUCGAUCCGGCGCCAAUUCGCGUCCCUUCCGCUCUCCGAUCUCUCCGGCGGGUUCUCCUCCGCCUCUCCUUCCCAUCCGUUCCGUUAUUGAUCGCCGGAGAUGGCGAGCAACGUCUCUAAUGUGUACAUCCAUGUGGUGGACGACGUCAUCAGCAAGGUCCGCGAUGAGUUUAUCAAUUACGGCGUUGGAGAGAACGUCUUGACGGAGCUCCAAGAGCUCUGGGAGAUGAAGAUGAAGCAGUGCGGAGCCAUCAGCGGGACGAUAGAGCGGCCGCCUCCUGCACAGAAACCUGCUGGACCGAUUACCCCCGUUCAUGAUCUGAAUGUACCAUAUGAAGGGCCUACGGAGGAGUACGAGACCCCGACGGCUGAGAUGCUCUUUCCGCCGACUCCCCUGCAAACCCCCAUCCAAACUCCGUUGCCGGGGACAGAUCAGUCGAUGUACAACAUCCCUACAGGCCCCUCUGAUUAUGCUCCAUCUCCGAUAACUGAUAUCAGAAACGGUGUUGAUUUAAAAUCUGGAAGGCCUAGCCCAUACAUGCAACCGCCUUCUCCUUGGAUGGGUCAUAGACCUCUGGGUGUCGAUGUUAAUGUGGCUUAUGUGGAAGGGCGUGACGAGGUGGAUAGAGGAGCUUCAAAUCAACCCACGACCCAGGACUUUUUCACGAUGUCCUCUGGAAAACGUAAAAGGGAUGAUUAUCCUUCUCAGUUAGCUUCUGGAGGUUAUAUGCCACAACAAGAUGGAAGUGGAGAUGUGAUAGAAUUUAUCCUUCCUCAGAAUCAGGCAGGAGUUGGAAAAUCAAUGACUGCACGUGGUCGAGAUACUGCAAUUAAGAUUCUGUCUAAGAAAGAAACAAAAACAGCUCCAGUUCUUCCUCAACAGGAUGGGGUCCAUGAUGAAUAUGAUGAUUUGUUUCAUUUCCAAGGAGUUGCCAAUGAAGACUACAAUACUCCAGCAGAACAUGUUGAACUGCGAGCUCCUACCCCUGCUGUUGGCACACCAAAACCAGCUAAAAAUGAGGCAGCAGAGGAUGAUGAGCCGCCUCUUAAUGAAGAUGAUGAUGAUGAAGAAGAUUUAGAUGACCUUGAGCAUGGAGAAGAAGAACCGAGCACACAACAUUUAGUUCUAGCUCAGUUUGAUAAGGUGACACGGACGAAAAGUAGAUGGAAGUGCGCACUCAAGGAUGGCAUAAUGCAUCUCAACAAUAGGGAUAUUCUUUUCAAUAAGGCUACUGGUGAAUUUGACUUUUAAGUUUUGUUAUCAAGCUGUUUCUAGAGGUUGGAGUGAUGUGAGAUCACCAGGUGCUUGGGCUGAGUAUUAUCCUUGCAGGCACUAUGUUAUGCGGUGAGCAUGGGAAUUGAUACUAUGGAGAUGAUGUAAAAAGAAAAAUUCUCAUCAAAUGGAUUGUCAGGGUUGUUGAUUUUCUUUGUAAAGAUGCUAAAUUAAUUGGACAUUGUAAAUUUGUUUUUCCUGCAACAAUGAGAACAACUAUAUCCGUUAUUUAUUCUGAGCAUUUUAUA